AGUUACAAAGAAUUUACACCAAAUUUUUCAUUUAAUUCAAAAUGAAUAAAGAAGAUAUGGUUGAAAUUCCAAUUCAACGUUGUCUUUACAGACAAUCAUCAGUUGAAACACGUCUUACUCCUCAACCACCGUCAGAGAGUUCAGAUUCGGAAGAAGACACACCCAAAAUCGUCGGAGUUCAAAAGAAAGUCAACACUGAAGAAUCCAAUAAGAAUUACUUAAUUGAGAACGAAAAAUCUUCAUCCCCAACGCAUCGAACGUCAUUUCCUGUUUAUGCGCAAGUAGAUAAAAAUACCAAAAAGCAAGAAUCUAGUACAUACGAGGAUGAUGUCGUUUCUUAUGGAACGAUUGAAGAUGUAAAACCGAAAACUUUUAAACCUGAAAUUCUUCCAAAACCUUCCAAAGCAAGACUUUCGCAAAGUUUUGAAGAGGAAGAAUCCAACAAACCGUUCGUACCUGUUUACGCUGAUGUUACAACACCAAAAAGAAAUCCGAAUCGAUAUCCUACGAAUUCUGAACCUCUUUACGAAGUUCCUGAAUAUAUCGAGGAAAAAUCGCCGGUUUUAACACGAAAAUCUCAAAUAUCAAAUGAACAAUAUGAAAAUAGAAAAACUAGAGAUAGUUAUGUCAGUUUUGCUGGAACUGUAAGUGAUUCAAGAGGAGUAGGAAACAUGGCUACUUUAAGGCCGAAAUCGCCUCGCCCUCCCGUGGCUGCUAAACAAGAUAAAGAAGAAUCUUUAUGGGAUAAAAUUGGUACCUUAGGGAGAAAGAAACGAAUUAAAGAAGUUCGUGAAGUAGAAGCUGAAGGGAAAAAUGCGAUUGAUUCUCCGGGAAAUCCCGUAAAUCCCGAUUAUCCACCAGAAGAAUAUGAACUUGAUGAAAAGGAAGAAAGAUGUAUGGUAGAUACCCACGCGUUAGAAGAUCCAAAAGUAAAGGAUUUAAUACAAAUCUUAAUAGAUUGGAUAAACGAUGAAUUAGCAGAACAAAGAAUAAUCGUUCAAGACAUCAUGGAUGAUUUAUAUGACGGCCAAGUUCUUCAAAAACUCCUUGAAAAACUAACAGGGAACAAAUUAAAUGAACCGGAAGUUACUCAAUCUGAAGAAGGACAAAAACAGAAAUUAGCCAUGGUUUUGGAUGAUUUCAAUCGAAUUUUGGGUAUCCCACAUCAUUCCAUUAAAAAAUGGGGUGUUGAAAGUAUCCAUUCAAAAAAUAUUGUUGCUAUUCUUUAUUUACUAGUCGCUUUAGCGCGACAUUUUCGCGCCCCAAUUCGUUUACCGGAACAUGUCACCAUCAAAACUCAUGUUGUUCAAAAAAGUAAUGGACAAUUAAAUUAUAGAACAGCUCAUGAACAUGUCACUUCUGCAUAUGAUGAUGUUGGAAUGAGAUGCGAACGUGAUGCUUUUGAUACACUUUUUGAUCAUGCCCCAGAGAAAUUACAAGUUGUCAAAAAGAGUAUGGUUACUUUCGUAAAUAAACAUUUAAAUAAAAUUAAUUUGGAAGUGACUGAUUUGGAGACUCAAUUUAGUGAUGGGGUUUAUUUGGUACUUUUGAUGGGGUUAUUGGAAGGAUUUUUUGUACCUUUACAUUGUUUUUCUUUAACACCUAAAGAUUUUGAUCAAAAGGUACAUAAUGUGUCUUUUGCUUUUGAUUUGAUGGAGGAAGUUGGGAUUUCUAGACCUAAAGCAAGACCUGAAGAUAUCGUCAAUUUGGAUUUGAAAUCAACUUUGAGGGUUUUAUAUAAGCUUUUCUCGAAAUACAAAGAUAUUAUUUAAA